UUAGCUUAGAACGCGAAAGCGCCAAGUUCCGUGUUUUGCGCUGCGGCUGCCGACCAGUGUUGCUGUUGCUGUUCCGCUCGCACCCACGACCGCACACACACUCGCUGCGGGAGCGAGCGAGAGAGGCAGACAUUUACUCAGAACAUGUUUUCGCAAUAGUGUUGGUGUGCCGUUUGUUAUUGUUGUUAUUGUUUCCAUCGCUUAGGGCCGUUAAUAAAAGAUAAAUAAGUGAAUAAUUGAAUUAUAAAUAUUGUAGAGUGUACCACCACACACGCACAAAUCGGUAAAUCGGUGGAUUAUAUAGAUAAAUUUAUUGCACAGUACCCCUGAAAUGUGUUAAUUAUAUAAAAAAAGCAGUAAAUAAGCUUUGAGAGGCGUGCACGAAAAUUAACACAAACGCGAAACGUAAACAGCGGAAGAAAAAUCGGCAGUGAAUAAAGUCCAAAUCGGAGGCAAAAUCCACAUCCAAAUCGAAAUCGAAAUCAAAAUCCCCAUCAAAAUAAAGUAAAAAUGGCCGAGUCAACAACCACAUCGCCAUCGGUGACGAGCGAAGAUGGCCAAAUCCAUGGCUACAAUAACAGUGAUAACGACUCUGGGGACUCGUGUCACCUGCGCAUCGUCGUACUCAGCGGCCAGUCGCUGGCCAAAAAGGAUAUAUUCGGCGCCAGCGACCCGUAUGUCAGAAUCGAUUUGAACACAAUCAACGGUGAUAUUAAUAUUGACUCUGUUUUGACGAAGACCAAAAAGAAGACACUGAAUCCAAUCUGGAAUGAAGAGUUCAUAUUUAGAGUUAAACCGUCUGAGCAUAAGCUUGUGUUUCAAGUAUUUGACGAGAAUCGCCUGACACGCGACGACUUCCUGGGCAUGGUGGAGCUGACCCUGGUGAAUCUGCCCACGGAGCAGGAGGGUCGCACCAUCGGAGACCAAAGCUACACUCUGCGCCCGCGCAGGUCAGUAGGCAGCGCCAAAUCCCGCAUCAAGGGCACCCUGCGCAUCUACCACGCCUUCAUCCGGGAGACGCGGGAGCAGAGCGAGCCAUCUAGUGGCAACAGCGAUGGCGAGUGGGAGCACGUGGAGGCCACCAACGCCGGUGAGACGUCCGCCCAGCCGCACCCCUUUCCUACUGGUGGCCACGAUGCCCUACCCGCUGGAUGGGAGGAGCGCCAGGAUGCCAACGGGCGCACGUACUAUGUGAAUCACACGGCAAGGACGACGCAAUGGGAGAGGCCUACUGUUUUAAACAGCAACAGCAGCCAAUCCACUGACGACCAGCUGGCCUCGGAUUUCCAGAGACGUUUCCACAUCAGCGUGGACGAUACGGAGUCUGGACGUUCGGCGGACUCCAUCAGUCACAAUAGUAUAGAGGACAAUAACAAUGCUGCUGGCUUAGCAAAUACUCCAACAACAGCAGCAGCCUCACCGGCAACGAUCUCACCAUCCAACACCCCAACAAACAACAAUGGGAUUCCCGCACACAUUGCCAUGCAAAAUGGCGCCGAGGAAGAUCAGACAGAUCCAACAGUGGACCAUACCAGUUUUGUUUACAAUUCCCUGCGACAUCCUGUCGCCCAUAGGCAGCCCGAAAUCUCAGCGACCAGUCUGCAGAACGACCUGCGGCCGGUGCGCGAGGCUCCCGGAGUGCCGGAUUUAGCCAUAACCAACCUGUUGACGCGGCGGGCCGCGCACAGCACGGGCGGCGGUGCGGGACGGCAGCAACAACGGCGGCGACAGCAGAUGCAAAUGCAUAUCCAGCAGCAUCAGCAGCGGCAGCAGCAACAGCAGCAGAGUAGAAUAUUGCUUGAUGUGGAUCAUCGUCAGCAGGAGCCGCAACAUCGGGGUCAGAGACACCAGCAACAUCAGCCAUCGAAUGAAGACACCGAUCACACAGACAGCCACAAUCCCUCUGACAUCUCAGCUCCGUCCACACGACGCAAUUCCGAGGAAGACAACGCAGCUGUGCCUCCCAUGGAACAAAAUGCUGCUGGUGAAGAGGAACCCCUGCCACCGCGCUGGUCCAUGCAGGUGGCCCCCAACGGAAGGACAUUCUUCAUCGAUCAUGCGUCCCGGCGGACCACUUGGAUAGAUCCGCGCAACGGUCGGGCCAGUCCCAUGCCAAAUCAGACUCGUCGCGUCGAGGACGACCUGGGUCCUUUGCCAGAGGGCUGGGAGGAGCGGGUGCACACCGAUGGACGCGUAUUCUAUAUAGAUCAUAACACGCGAACCACGCAGUGGGAGGAUCCUCGCUUGUCCAAUCCAAACAUCGCCGGCCAGGCUGUGCCCUAUUCUCGAGAUUACAAGCAGAAAUACGAGUAUUUCAAGAGUCACAUUAGAAAGCCUACAAAUGUACCAAAUAAAUUUGAAAUACGUAUUCGUCGUACGUCGAUACUGGAGGAUUCAUACAGAAUUAUUAGCUCGGUGACAAAGACCGAUUUACUAAAGACUAAAUUAUGGGUAGAAUUUGAAGGAGAAACUGGCUUGGAUUAUGGAGGCCUCGCCAGGGAAUGGUUCUAUUUAUUAUCAAAAGAAAUGUUUAAUCCGUACUACGGACUCUUCGAGUACUCGGCCAUGGACAACUACACGCUCCAGAUAAACAAUGGCAGCGGUUUGUGCAACGAGGAGCAUUUAAGUUACUUUAAAUUUAUUGGCCGUAUUGCGGGCAUGGCUGUGUACCACGGAAAGCUGUUAGAUGCCUUCUUCAUUCGUCCAUUCUACAAGAUGAUGCUGCAGAAGCCCAUUGACCUGAAGGACAUGGAGUCUGUGGACACGGAGUACUACAACUCGCUAAUGUGGAUUAAGGAGAACGAUCCCCGCAUCCUGGAACUGACUUUCUGCCUGGAUGAAGACGUUUUUGGACAGAAGAGUCAGCACGAACUAAAGCCCGGCGGCGCCAACAUAGACGUGACUAAUGAAAACAAGGAUGAAUACAUAAAAUUGGUUAUCGAGUGGCGCUUUGUGGCACGUGUCAAGGAGCAGAUGUCGUCGUUCCUGGAUGGCUUUGGAUCGAUUAUUCCGCUAAAUCUUAUUAAGAUUUUCGACGAGCACGAACUGGAGCUACUUAUGUGUGGCAUACAGAACAUCGAUGUGAAGGAUUGGCGCGAGAAUACUUUGUACAAGGGCGACUACCACAUGAAUCAUAUAAUUAUCCAGUGGUUCUGGAGGGCCGUUCUCUCCUUCUCCAACGAGAUGCGUUCUCGUUUGCUGCAAUUUGUAACGGGCACUUCGCGCGUGCCCAUGAACGGUUUCAAGGAGCUGUACGGCUCAAAUGGCCCCCAGAUGUUCACCAUCGAGAAGUGGGGCACUCCUAAUAACUUUCCAAGGGCACAUACCUGUUUCAAUCGCCUGGACCUACCACCCUAUGAGGGCUACCUGCAACUGAAGGACAAACUGAUUAAGGCCAUCGAGGGCAGCCAAGGAUUCGCUGGAGUUGAUUAAUAACACCGGCAACGGGAAUGCAAGCGAAUGGCUUUGGCUGGAGGUGCAGCAACAGUUUCUGCAGCGCCAGGAGGAAGAACAGCUACAACGAUUCCACACAUCACAAGAACCACAAGAUCAACAACAACGACUUGAACAGCAGCAGCAGCGAAAUCAGCGGCACAACCGCAACCUCAUUGCAUUCACUUGGAAUAACACCGCCAGCAGAUCGUGUACUUAUUUGUUCGUUUGCUUUUGUAUUAUAAUCUUUUUUGCUAGUUUAGUGUUAUUUCGUAUGUAUUUUAACUAGGCGCCAAAACUCACACACACAACACGUACACCUUAUACAAGCAGAGAAGAAAGGAUCCAAAUAAAGCUGCGCAUGGUGAACCACACGAACCUAACAAACGAGUCCAAAUUAUAUAUAAAUAUAUUUAUUACAUUGCCGACAAUUGUAAAAAGUUGAGAACGUUUUACAAACUAAGAGAGAAUCCAAACUAACUAUUAAAUCUAUAGAGUCAAAAGUAUAUCUUGUAUGUAUAUGCAGAGAAAACUUUUUAUAAUUGUUAUUUUUAUGCGCUAUUCCUCUAUACGUGCCCACAGCAAAAAACUAAAGGCGAAAAAAUUAAAUUAAAAACAAGUUAAUAUUUGUAAUCUGAUAGAUGCAUAUUUUUAAACAAAUUAAAUUUUCUAUUCUGUAUAACUGUAUGUGUAUUCGUAAUAAUGAUAAUGUUAGUCCGUAAAAAUCGCGCUUUACUAUUAAAUAAAAAGACAACAUAAUAUAUAUAAAAAGCCUAAAAACUAAAACUAAAAAAUACAAUCAAUGUAUAUUGUAUAAAUGUUAAUUAUAUACAGACACAUUCCAAAUGUUUUUGCAAAAGAGUAACUCUGCAAAAGGAGGCCUAUAAGAUAAUAUGAUUAUUGACCGAUCGGAAGUCUAUCAAAAUUACAUUUUAAAGUCAAAUUAUGGUACAGAAAGCAAGGACUGGAACUUCCGCUAUGAAGCCAGGAGCCCGUCAAUGAAAAUGAAUACCAAUAAACAAGGUUAAUGCUAAGUAA